AUGGACGUCGCGGAGAAGGCCGUUGUGUUUCCCGCAGAAAACUCAGUUGUUUAUGAUUGCGAGAAUUGCGAACGCAGCUUCAACACCGAGCACGCAUUAAAUUGUCAUAUUAAAAUUCACAACGAAAAAACUCUCAAAUGCACAUUUUGCGAUGCAAUGUUCCGACGACUCGAUCAGCUUUUCUCGCACGUCGCCGACCACGAGAUGAAUUUGGCGCGAGAUUUCGAGUGCCCCGUCAAACAUUGCGAUGCGAAAAUUCCCAGUUUUCGCGAUGGGACCCAGCACAUUCUUAUGCAUUCGGCGCAAUUUCCAUGCAAGAAUUGCGACGAAACAUUCUCCAAAUUUCGACGAUUGUUUCAUCAUCACGCCCUUCAACACGGCACUUUGAAAGCAUUCGCCGAAGAGGAGAAAUUCAAUCAUAAAAUUAAUCAGAAGAAUUUGAAAAAUGAGAAGAGGAAACAGAAGAAGCGUGCGGCAUGCGAAAUGGAAGAACCAACGGCAUCGCCAGCGCCGAAAGCCGCUGAAGUCGAAGAGGACGAAGAAAUGAGCUCGCUUCAAUUUGUUGAUUUGCUCAAAUCGACGGUUACCAAAAGCAAUGAUGAGACGCCGAGUCAAGUACUCGAGAGAAUCUCGAAAUUCAUUACCGACGUUUUUCCGCAAUCUGAAGAGGAUCGCUGUUAUAGAUGCACUCAUUGCGAAAUGUCUUUUGGAGAUGCAAUUCUCUGGAUGACCCAUCUUGGGUUCCACGAUGGUGUCGAUCCUUUUAAAUGUACGGGUUGCAGCAAGAAGUUCGAAAAUCGAAUUGAAUUCGUCAUUCAUCUAACUUAUUUUGCGCAUGGGUCUCAAAACGAGGACGCCGAACAAACUUAA